AAUAUGCUAUAUUUCAUAAUUUACCCACAUGUAUUAAAAGGUUUAUUCCGUAUUUUCCGCGAGAAUCGUGCAAAGUGGGCGGAGAUGACAGGUGCGACAAAGGUGUCAAUGUGAUAUGUUUCAUUAGUUAAUCGAUUGUUAUCAGAUACUGUCAUUAUCAGAACGACUAGAUAUAGUAUUUGUGAAGCAGUUCUACAUAUUGUACAGUUCAUCAUGCGUUUUUUUAAGUUACAGUUUAGUGAUUAGAAGUCAAAUUGAUAAUUUUCAUCGUCUGCAAGUGCAAGGAACAGAAUUACACAGGUGUGUCAUGUUUUAUAAUGUUAGUGUUACCUGAACACAGAAAGUUCAUUAGCGGUUUAUUGCAGAAAUUUAUAGGAAACAGAGACAGUGUGAUUCGAUCUGAGCAGUGCUAUGAGUGAUUAAUGAUUAUUAUAACGGGGAUAGUUGAUGUUGUGUUUACAAAACAUGGAGGAUUCAAGUUCUUCCAGUUCAUACAGUUUCAGUGAUAUUUCAAUGGACACAGAGAAUAGUACUUUAUGCAUGUGUACAAAAAUUACAUACAAUCAAAGCCACCCCAUUUCACCAGUGGUUACCCCAGAUACCUCACCAGAACACAGAAAAUGUCACCGGAUUCUGGACAGGUCACACUCUGAUCCAGCUAUCCGACUUUCAGACAGAGAAGACCAGGAGGAGAGUCCAGGGCUUGAACCUAAUUGUGAUCUCUUUGGAAUACAACUUGAGGUGACAUUCCAUCUGCUGGAAGCUGAGAAACGCAAGUUGUAUGUUUUACAGAGGGAACUUGGGCACUUAAAUGCAAAUUUAACCAACAUAAAGAAGCAUGUCCAAAAAGAGACCCUCCAGGGGGAACUUUGUUUAAUGUAUAAAAAUGGUGCCCCACACAAAAAAGUUUGUUUUAAAUAA